ACGGUUAUGGCACUUGUAGCAAGGCCCUCAACUUAGAAGCCACUACAGCCAUGAAGGUAGCCCUCGUCCUGCUGAUCUCUGGCGUGUUGCUUGUAGCGUACAGCACGCCGCUGGCUGCUGCAGACGAUGGAGACGAAGUGUUCGAAGAUGACGACGAGACUGACAGCUUAGCAGACGAAGACGCUGACGACAGCGGUGCUGACGAGGUGUUCGAAGAUGACGACGAGACUGACAGCUUAGCAGACGAAGACGCUGACGACAGCGGUGCUGACGAGGGCCUAACUGUAGAGAGCAGGAAGGCAGUCAAAGGUGCUCACGCCCGAGCCGGACACGCGAAACACGCGCGUGCAGGCAGCCGACACGCUGCGAGCAGAGCUGCAAACAGGCCCCACGCCAGGUCAGGCGCCGCCCGCAAAGCCGCCCACAGCGUGUAGCCGCCGCUGCUGAGGGGGCACCACACCAUGGAGGCGCAGUCUGGAGCAGCUCACACUGUCCUGUACUCUACACCGACACGGCAGAAAUAAAUCACUACUGCUCUUUGCAGCAAACAUA